CAAACAUAGCUCUUGUUCGGUCUCCAAUGGGUCCUCGAGUGUGCCAAGUCUGCAACGAAGCUCAAUCCAAGUACAAGUGCCCUUCAUGCCGUGCACCUUAUUGUUCCGUGCCGUGUUUCAAGAAGCACAAAGAAACCCCGUGCGUUUCGCCACUGCCGUCAGAGGAAAACCCAAAGAGCACAUGUGUUUUGCCAGUGCAAUCUGAGGAAACAUCAAGUUCUUUUUCUUCAGCUGCUGCUCCAGAAUCACUGGUUGAAAGGCCAAUAACUGUUACUGAACCAAGUGCUGUGCUUGAAAGGCAUCAACUAGAGGCUAUAGCUUCUUCCAGUGAACUCCGCGAUGCUUUGAAAGACAAAAGUCUUCAAAAGCUCAUUGGGAGUAUAGAUUGUUCUACAGAUGCGGAGAAUGAACUUGAUAAAGCUAUGGAGGUGGAGGUGUUUCGGUUACUUACUGACAAGAUCCUAUCUGCCAUCAACCCAUAACUACAGACCUGUAAUAGAUGAGAGCAAGUUCUGAGAGGGACUUGAAACCCGAUUUGGAUACUCUCUGCCACUCGCGUCUUUGUCUUCCCCAACACUAGCAUGAGGACUAUAGAGUGCUCUAGACAGGUACUGGUCUCGCACUUUUGCAAUCUUCUGUCUGUGUCUGAAGAAUAGGAAUAGGGUCUUCAGGCUUGAAUGUAAGGUAUAAUAUGAAAUAGCUUGGCUGGAGGCAUCAUACAAAAAUCCUUGCUUAAGAAUCUGCAUCUCUUGUUAGCAUACUAUAUUACAGACAUAAAAAUGAGACAAGUUUCCAAACUUCUAGUAUUAUUAGAACUUUCGUUUUGUGUUCUAUGCACCUGCUCUUUUUUUCUUUUUUAGAAUGAUGCCUGCCCUUCUAAUACUGGCUGGUUAACCAGGGGCACUUUUUCCCCAAACUAAAGAUAAAUUACUUGGUAUG